ACUGCGGCUAUAGAGAAAAGCCUUCUCGAUGUAUAGUCCAUUCGCCAAGCGCUCACAGGAUGCCCCCAACUGCGCGUGGACUUCUGCUGCACCUUCACCGUCCACCUCACACACAAAAACCUCUCUGACGCGAGGGAAAUGGUGCAAUUGGCAAAAGGCGGAGUGAUCUGGAACUCUUAAGUGCCAUGAAGAGACAGAGGCAUCCCAGUCAAGCAGCACAUCCCUCUACACGCCUGAAGAUGAAGAUGAUCUCAUGCUUGCGCCCCUUUACCUCCCUGUCUCGUUUAAAAACAAUGUCUUCAAGGAAAUUCGCUGCAUGAUUCAACAAUUACGCCGUAUCUCCUGAAUUAUCGCCUUUCUUCAUCAAACGAGAUCAUUUCAUGAAUUAAACUGCAACCCAAAAUGAAAUUUCCAACGGAAAACCCAAGGAAACCAGGGAACUGGAACCCUCCACAAGUGCCAGUGCAGACCAACCUGGUGCCGCCAAAGAAGGUCCAACCAGGGAUGUUGCAGUCCAGUUUGGUGCAGGCCAGUGUGGCCACCAUGCAGAACCCCAUGGGGUGCUCAUUACCCCGCCUUUCUGUCUCCCGGCCUUCUAGUAUGGUGGCCAGCAUGGAGGCGGUGGCGGACGGCUCAGCCCUCCUCACAGUCAUGAAGUGGAAGACUGUCCUAGCCGUAUUUGUGGUGGUGGUAGCGUACCUGGUCGCUGGCGGUCUGGUGUUCAGAGCCCUGGAGCAACCCUUCGAGAGCAACCAAAAAGACACCAUCACUUUGAAGAAAUCCGCCUUCCUGCAGAAACAUCCCUGCGUGACCCCCAAUGAGCUGGAAGAGCUCAUCAAGCACUCCGUAGAUGCAGUGAACGCUGGAGUCAGUCCUAUCGGAGACACGUCAUACAACUCCAGUCACUGGGACUUGGGGAGUUCCUUUUUCUUCGCUGGAACUGUGAUAACAACAAUAGGUUAUGGCAACAUCGCUCCAAGCACAGAGGGUGGGAAGAUUUUCUGCAUCCUUUAUGCAAUAUUUGGCAUCCCACUCUUUGGCUUUCUGCUGGCUGGUGUUGGUGAUCAACUAGGGACUAUUUUUGUGAAGAGCAUCGCUAAAGUGGAGAAAAUGUUUAGGCGCAAACACAAUCAAAUAAGCCAGACCAAGAUCCGAGUGGCCUCUACGUUGCUCUUCAUCCUGGCGGGCUGCAUCCUCUUCGUCACCAUACCAGCCGUCAUCUUCAAGCACAUCGAAGGAUGGACCGGGCUGGAUGCGAUCUAUUUUGUGGUCAUCACCCUGACGACUGUUGGGAUCGGAGAUUACGUUGCAGGAGGCAAUAGAAGAAUAGAGUACCGUAAAUGGUACAGGCCGCUGGUGUGGUUCUGGAUCCUAGUUGGACUGGCGUAUUUUGCUGCAGUUCUAAGCAUGAUUGGAGAUUGGCUGAGGGUGCUUUCUAAAAAGACAAAAAUGGAGGUGGGUGAAAUUAAAGCUCACGCCGCAGAGUGGAAGGCCAACGUUCGAGCAGAGCUCCGUGAGACCAGACGUCGACUCAGUGUGGAAGUUCACGACAAACUGCAGAGGGCCGCCACCAUUCGCAGCAUGGAGCGUAGGCAGCUGGGUUUCGACCAGCGGGCCCAUUCCCUAGACAUGCUGUCCCCUGAACGUCGAGCUGCCUUCAAUAGCCUGGAUGCCACCAAUUUCAAGACAUCCUCCCAGGAGAGCAUCGACACAAAACUCAACAACCUACGUCUACGAAUUGAGCAGAAUGAGCAUCGACUGAGCGACCCAAGCCAGGCAUACUCUGAAGAUAACAUUUUCAACCGCCUUGGUUCAGUCACAAAACUAGCCAAGAGGAGCAAGAACAAAGAGUUGAGGAAGAACAUCCCAGAUGACGGUCGGAAAGCUUUAGAUUCCUUCAGUUGUAAUACUCCCACAAUGGAUGAGGAGAAGAAAGAGGCAGAGGAUGAGGAGCUCGAGAAAGAGGACAACACCAGUCUGACCAACUUACCUCUCUUUGUGGAGAGCCCCAAUAAACAAAACGGAUUCAUGCCUCUACCGCCACAGACCAAAGAGGAAGAAAACGAGACAAAACUUGAAGACAAAGAGUUCCAUUUGCAGAUGGAGCCCUAGAAGGAAGCGCUUUAUUUAAGGAAUUGAAAUAAAUAACACAUGCCUAAAGUGCCUUGUUUAGCCCUUACCCUGAUCUGAGAUGUGAGAAUCUCAAUUUCUGCUGUUCAUUUAACUGUUCACUGUGUCCUGAUAACUUGAUAAUGGAAAUAUGGCGAGUGUAGCACUGGAAGACACUUAGUCCUCUUCUUCAGACCGGCGCUGAUUAAUGCUUGUAUACGUUGGAAAGAAUCUCUCCAAAAGUCCUGGACAACGAAUGAAAAAUCUGUAGCAAGCUACAAUGGCAGUUCUUUGAAGUGUAACUAAAAGUGCUGCACUUUCAAUGUUCUCUCUGCCAGACUGUAAUUCAAGGUCAUUCAUCCAGAAA